AUGGCCGACUCGAACGCCCCACCCCACUCUUGGUUCGCGCCGCCGGAAGGUGCAUACACGCUCGUCUCGUCGUUGAGCGUCCCUUCGUCGAGCUCGCUCAAUUCGGCAACGGCCCACUUUACACAACAACUCGGCGUGCCCGUCGCUUCGGUCCUCCUUCCCGCUGGAUCAGACCCACCGGUUUUCAUUCCUCCUCCACUUCAUGGGUGCAAGAUGACGAUCGCAGAGGUGCAGAUGGUGUUGCCAGGGUCGAAAGGGACCGCCAAUCCGGCUGCUCAAGCUCAAGCUGCCGCCGCCGCCGCCGCCGCUGCUGCUUCGACGAGUCCGAUGAUGGUCCCCGGUGCUUCACUUCACUCCCCUGCCCUCAACAACAACAGCAACGAUUUGCAUUUCGGCUUCGGCACCGGCGCGGCGAGCGGAGGUCUGGGUUUGGAUACGAGUGCCGCAACGCUGGCAGGCGGGGGCGUGGGGACGAGUGGGGGCGCGGGAAUGGCCCCGGGCUCAGCGACGAGUACCGGUCCGUCGACGGGUGUGAUCUCGGGCUUGACCUCGCCGACCUUGGCAGAACGGAGUGGGUUUAGUCCUACCAUACGCCGUAAACCGUUGGGAUCGUCCUUUUCGAUCCCGACACUAUCGUCCCUGGCAGGUGGAGCAGAUGGGGGAUCGUCAGCAGGAGGGGGCAACUCGGGUACGGGAGGCAACGGUGGAGGGUCCAAUUCGAGACCGAGUCGACCAUUCCGGGGUACAUCGAGCUCGUUCGUCCGCAGUUGGGAGGGUUUGCCGUUGCAAGGGGCGACAUUGAAGGCGAUCGCCGAGGCGGGGCAGGGAAGGAAAACCCUGUUUGGAUUUUAUACCCACGGCAAGGGGGUUGUGUGGUGCGAGAUUGGCCAAGGGAGGCCCAAGGUGCGUCCUCUUACCUGACAAAGGAUUCUGUGACUUUGGCUGAACCCGGAGAGACACGAACGGGAUUCAUCGGCCUUCACAGGAGGCGAUCGCUCGGGUCAUGUUCAGCAUCGCGCCGACCUGCGUCGACGUCAACCGGCACACCGCGUCGCAUGCGCAACUCGACGUGCUCGUCGGAUUCUGCAAUGGCGACAUCUUCUGGUUCGGUAGGUCCACCCCCCUAGAAUUCCAUCCUCGCGCGGUCGCAGGCUCGAUCCUCACCGAAUCCCCGGACAUCUUUCUACCCCGCGCAGAUCCCUUCUUGGCCAAAUACACCCGGCUCAACAAAGGCGGUGUCAUCACCAGUUCUUCCAUCACCUCAAUCCAAUGGCUCCCACCUUCGGCCGCUUACUCUACUUCCGAGAACCACUCGAACCUAUUCCUGACCUCGCACGCCGACGGCACCCUCUUGGUCUGGGACAAGGACCGAGAAGAUUGGUCGGGAUUCGUCCCGACGCCCGUCCCGACCGGCUUGAACCUCCGGUCCGUUCAUGGCGUUGGUGCGGCCUCGGGAAAGGAGGACGAUUGGGACGGAACCCAGAUCAAGCAUGCUCCGAGCGAUGCCGGCGAUUUGGCCGGUUUAGGGGACAUCAUCGUUUCGCGGCCGGCGCCUUUUGACAAGAAGGGGCAAGCGACAAAGUUCAACCCCGUCUCGCAUUGGAGGGUCUCGAGGAAGGCCAUCAAUUGUGAGUUCAACCGAAACUGGGUGACUUGAAGAUAUCUAGUCGCGCAGGCAAGGCUAAUAUCCUGGCGCUACCUUUCUUCUCAUGGGGGGCCCACAGCGUUUGCUUUCUCCCCUGAUUUGCAACUAUGCGCUACCGUCGGCAACGACGGAUGUCUGCGUAUCAUCAACGCCGCGGAAGAGAAAUUGCUCGACACGUUCGCGAGCUACUUUGGUGCACUCAACUGCGUCUCGUGGAGUGCCGAUGGUCGGUUCGUCGUCACCGGCGGUCAAGACGACCUGUGUACGAUCUAUGCCCCGCUCGAGCAACGGCUCGUCGCGAGGUGUCAGGGGCAUUCGUCUUGGGUCACUGGAGUCGCUUGGGAUCCUUGGAGAAGUGAUGAGCGUACUAUGAGGUUCGCGAGUGUAGGUGAGGACUGCAAGCUCGUCUUGUGGGAUCUGUCAAGCGCGGCUCUGACAAGGCCCAAGUCUCACGUGAGUUCGAUCGCCGUCGUCGCCGGCCCUUACUGCUCAUGAUGGUAGACGCUGACAUCGAUUGCGUUGUCGAUGUCACAGGCUCAACAUCCCCACGCUCGUCGAUUAUCGCUCUCUUCCCAACGUCUGGAAUCCACAGGCCACCUCCCCAUCUCCCCGAACGGUACCUCGGACCGAACCUCCCCCGUCUACCACCCCUCCCCACGCCGCGAUGACGUCGCCCACCUCCAACCCGUGAUGGUCAAAACCCUCUCGCACGACCUCUUCUCGAACGUCUUCUUCCUCCCCCAAUACCUCCUCACCGUCUCACGAUCAGGUCAGAUCCGACAGUACGAUCGACCGCCGGAGAGGGAGGAUGGGUAUGGGCAUAGUAUUGGGUUGAGUGGCGAGUUUGCGAGUAGUGUUGUCGCUUUGGAUCGGAGAGCGAGGUGA